CUUUUGAAAAUGGAUGCCCGCCCCAUGACCACGCACCGCCCACCCAACCCGAAUAAAAACCAAUCCAUUUUUCUUCGUUAAAUUCUCCCAUUCCACUUCACAUCUCUUUCCUUUCUCCAUCCAAAUUCAAACCCCACGCCCAUGGCAACAGAGAGAAAGCGGAGCGCCGGGAGUUGCGGCGGCCAUAUUCCGGCGUUUGGUGGGUGGGACGCGGCGGCUGACCUCCCCAUUACACAGUACUUCGAGAGCGCCCGGCAUGCCGGCCUUUCGCGCAAUCCCAGUGAACGCGUAGCCGCCGGGGCGGACCAUCCCGCCGCUGGUGAUGCGGUCCUUCCAGCUACAAAGCGGAGGAGUUACUCACAAAAUACAAAGGGGGAGAGAAGGCCGGUCCGCCAUGGACAUGAGAAAAAGGGAUCCGCCGGUUCACGCCAGCAAUUGCAAAUGCAUAGCAGUAGCCUGAAUUCAGCUGCAAGCAAAAAUGUGAAUGUCACCCCGAAACCGGUGGAUGAAGAUCUCUAUGGAAUCCCCCCGGAGCUCCUUCGUGGUGGCAGCCGUAGGAAAUUCUUUUUUGGGUUCUUUUCAAGAUGCCUUGCUCCUUCUCCAUGUACUGCAUGAGUAGUUAUGUGCAUACUAUACGAAUUUCUGGGAGGAAUAUGUAUAAAAAACAAGAAGUUGAAAUGAAGGGUGAAAAUGAUGGAAUAUAAUGAUGAACACAUGAAGAAAAAUCAUCUCUGAAUACAAGAGAUUCAAGAGCAUACAAAAGGAAAUUACAAAUGUUUGGUAGUAAAGAAAAGUUUAAACAUGUUAAUUGUAAAAGAGUUAUCUGAGUUGAGCUUUUUGUUUCUGGCCCUUCUGUUGCUUUAUUUUAUUUUUCAUCCUUCUUAUAGCCAUGACACUCCUCAAGAUGAGUAUCUAUGUUAAGCAUUUUCAUCUUGGACUUAAAAUCAUUGAAUAGAGGAUUUGUCAAAGGUUUCAUACUUUCAUAUAUAUAUCUACAACUUGAAACAUAUUGUUAGCAUGAAUAAGUUCAAUGAAACUAGUAACUACAUUUUCUUAAAUAA